UUUAGCGCCCGGGCGGAGCGGGAGCUGCCCGGGGCGUUAUUGCUGCUGGCCCCGUGUGCAGCUGGACGGCCGCUCGGUCUCUUCUGGUGCUCAGUUGGGGAUUUUUGUCUUGUUUGCUUGUUAUUUUGUCCUUGUUUGUGUGUUUGUUUGGUUUUUCUUAAGCCUUCUCUUCGUGUUCUUUCUUAACUCCUUUUCAUAGUUGCUGUUUGUUUGUAAUAGUUCGUUUAAACAAUUGCUAUGUUUAUCAACGUUAUGUCAUUAGGUCCAAGCCAUAGCUGUCUUAGUUUGUAAAAUGUUGCUGGUGCCUUAAAAUGAUUAAUUCUGUCUUCCCAAAGCCUUCAGGGUGGCCCUAAAAUGUCAAAAGUGUGAUUUCGUUGUUUUCCUUAAUUUUGCUCUCCCUCUUUUCCAGGUAUAGCUUAGUGUUAUGGGUGAUACAGAAGGAGCUAAAAUGCAGAUAACACCCGAAACUCCAGGACGAGUCACAAUCCUGAAUCCUUUUGAAAGUCCCAGUGAUUAUUAUACUCUUCAGGAGCAGAUUGUUUCCAGUCCCUCCGUCUUUAAGUCAACGAAAUCCUCAUCUACACCAGGAAAAUUCAGAUGGUCUAUUGAUCAGCUUGCUCUAAUAAAUCCUGUGGAAAUAGACUCGGAAGACAUUCGACGCCAAGGAAUGUAUUUGAGCCAUGCUAGAAUUGAUAAGGAGACAGAAGACAGAAGGCAAAAAGCUAUUGAGGAGUUUUUCACAAAAAAACUCAUAGUUCCUUCUCCUUGGACUGAGCAUGAAGGCAAGCAAGUUUCUCAGUUUAAUUCAACUAAAUCCAUAGAUAUAAAUAACAUUUCUCCGAUAGGAAGACAGCUGAGCUUGCAGCCUGGGAAAAGCAACGCUGCUUGUCAGACAGUACUGUCUUUGCCAGUGGACUUUGAUUUAGAGAAAAUACUAGGUGAGUAUUUUAGAACUGAUGAAUUUGCAGAUCAGUCUCAGGAAAAUCUGAGCUCUUCAUCACUCAGAAGAAAGCUGUUUUUGGAAGAAAAUGGGAACGUAUCUGCAUGUUUGUCCCCUUCUCUGCAUAGCCCAUGUGGUAGUCAGCCACUUGGAGUGCUUUGUUCAAUAGAAUUAUCUCCAGUCCGGUGCAGAAGCCCCCUGGACACAUCUAGUUCAGGUCAGUUUUCAUCAAGUCCUAUUCAGGGAGGAACAAGAGCUUACAGUCUGGGAAGUAUAACCAGUCCUCCGUUUUCAGAGGGGUCUCCUACACAUAAUGGUUCUCCUGCUUUUUCACCAAUUGCUUUUCACAUUAGAAAAACACCACUCUCAGACCAAAGAAAAUUUGCAUUUUGUUCUCCAGAUAUUCCUUCCUCCUCAAGUAGAAUGACACCCCCAAGUACAAGAAGUCCUUACAUAGAUGGCUGUUCUCCAAUUAAAAAUUGCUCUCCUAUGAGGCUUGGAGCCUGUCGAGGAACUGCCCAGUAUCAGACUUCUGUCAUUAGAAUACCAAUUGCAGUUGAGAAUCAUGAUGAGGAUGAGGAAGACAAGGAAAACGCUUCUCCAGUGGAAGCUCUGUUCCCAGAAAUGGAUAAUGGAAUAAACUUACAUCAGGAAGACAGUGAUACUUUUGCACAUGGUACACAUCUUGUGGUGGCAACUGUGUCUAUUGCACCAGAUCACUCAGAAGGCUGUCAUCGAAGGUUGUCAUCAUUUCGGGAUAUAGAGGGCUUAAAAGAAAAUAAUACUGUAGACAUGGCUGAUGCAGCUGAAGUCUCAGAGGAAAACACUUGGAUAAAAGAAACAAUUGACAGUAGCAAUACACCAAUGACCAGCUUUAUGACAGGCAUUACUUUCAGCAUUGAAAGCUCUCGCAUGUGCAUGUCACCUCUUGCAGAAAGCAGCGCAAUUCCUUGUGACAACAGUAGUAUUCAGGUGGACAGUGGUUACAAUACACAGACUUGUGGAAACAGCAUUAUGGAUACUGUGGGGGCUGAAAACAGUUGCAGAGAAAAUGACGUGAAUACUGUCAUGUUUCAGAAUAAAUCUCAGCUGCUUAGAACAAAGGAGUGUUCUGUUUUAAGCCAUAAGGACAAUCAGUUGCUGAGAAGAAAAUCUCCCGAGAAGCAAUCCUGUUUUCAGAAAGGAAAAACACAUAGCACAGUAUUUGGUCAAAAUGCAACUUGCAACAUUUCUGCUUGGAAACAUAAAAAUGAAAAUCAAGUUCAGGGAUUUCACAAAAGUGCAAGGCUGUCCCAGGAUACUGGAUUGAGUUCUGCUUUCUGUUCUAUUCCACAACCCACAGAAAAGCUUGUACCAAAGUGACAGUGGCUCAUCAGACAGUGGCUGAUGAGCAGCUGUUGGCACACUCGGCCUGAAACCUAUUGGUCAGAUCUAAAUUUGAAGGCAAGACAGUAUUUUAAAAAAAAAUUUAAAAGGAGAAGUGUGAACAGAAUCUCCUGGCAUUAAAAUCAGUGUGUUAGACCUGAGAGUUGUGUGUUGUUUGAAUAGAGCAGCUCUUGAAACGCUUUCAUUAAUAAUUUCCUAGUGAAGGGUUUCUGAAAAGCAUAUUUAAGAAAAAGGGAAAUGUCUGUCUGCAUCACUUGAGUGUAGUUCUCACACUGCAAAAAUAAAUGUAAAAAAAUUUACUUUAGAAACCUAGUGAGCAAACAUGAUGUGCAUUAUUUUUACUUUUGUACUGCAUGUGGGAUUAAGAGUAAUGGAAUCUAGUGUCAUAUAUUAGCUAUUACAUGAUCUUCAAACAGUGCCCCACUUGAAGCUGGAACUGGAUUGAUAACAGUUAAGGGAUGAAUUUUGUUAAAAGCAGGACUUUAACUCAGACUCUUAUAGAACAGGGCCUUCAAAAUGUUCUUAGCUUUAGCUUUUAAGUUCUGUCACUCCUGUUUCUCAUGAUAAUUUUAAUAAUAAUCAAUUGAAACAACUGUGCAAAGGAUUUAUUUUUGCAAUCAUGAUUACUAAAAUAGUAAUAUAAAUUUAAUGAACAUUAAACAGGGUAGCCCAAAUGAUCUGUUUCUGAAUUUUUCUGAGUUACAUGUAUUAUUAAGAUUUGGUUUUACUUUUUAACUAAAUUUUUUGAUUGUUUUUAACAUGUGUUCAGUGAUCAGAGGCUUUUGAAGUAUUCACAAGUAAAAAAGCAAUCCCUAAAGUAUUUCGUUUCAUCCUGUAUUACCAUUUUCUUAAAGGUAAGAAAAAAGCAGAAAUGGGUGAAUGUGAGAAGUAAUUAAGGAUGCCCCCACCUGGAUUGUCUGUACUUUGUCCUGUUUUGUAAUGUCCAGUUAGAUGAGAAAUAUUUAUUUUACGAAAACAUGCCUAUUUUUUUAUUAUGUAUGUACAACUGAUUUGUAGAAGAAACCUGCUGUGCAAAUUACCAUGGAAGUCACUUGACCAUUCUGUUUUCUGUUGCUGUAAAUGUAUUGGUUGGCACACAUUGCACAAAACGGUCAUUGUUUACAUUAAAUUAAUAUCAGUAGCUCUAUAAAGAGUCCUUUAACAUGUCUAACUGUAAAUUGAGCAGUGAAACAGAAUAAAGACAUUUCCUUAAUACCUA